UCCAAAUAGCUGCCGUUUGUUCACCAAAUGACUUGCUGUGUGUUAAUCCAUCCCAUAGCUACGUUUGUCGGAGGAGGCGUCAUUGUUGGCACAGCUGAGAUGGUGUACACGCCUUCUAUGGGACUAACCUGGGUAAUGGUGAUGUUAAUGGCAUUCAGCUCAUCUUUUAUUAUUGUUGGCUUGGUGUUUGCAAAGCCAAUGAGAGAAAGAAGGUAUGUGACGAUGCUGGACCCUUUCCAUGCCAAGUAUGGAAAAGUACUAACAGCUGGACUCUGCUUGGUUUCACUUUCUCUUGAUGUGCUCUGGGUGCCCUUAAUACUCAUUGCUUUAGGAGGAACCAUGAGUGUGGUCUUGGAUUUGUCCUUCACUGCGUGCGUUUGGAUCUCUGCUGCUGUCGCCAUUACCUACACACUGCUGGGAGGUCUCUACUCUGUGGCCUACACAGAUAUUAUACAGCUUGUGCUCAUAUUCUUCAGCUUGUGGAUCUGUGUUCCCUUUGUUUUGAUGAACCCUUACUCCUUGGACAUUAGCCAGACUCUGAUGAACAACACCUUACACGCUCCCUGGAUUGGUGCACCAGGGCUGGAAAAGACCUGGAUAAUGAUUGAUGAUUUCUUAUUCUUUGUAAGGAAGCAAUAAUAU